AUCAAGAGUACCAGCAUACCAUCCCACGCCUUUCAGGGGGAGGGUUUUUAGGCAUUUAUUUAAAGCCCUGGAUCUUUCUCUUCAGCACAGUGCCACACGUCAACUGCAAUAAGACACAGGAAAAACAAUGGCGUCUGAAGUUGAGAAGAAGAUUCAAGGUCUCUGCACAGCAAAGGACAUGAGAGAGUCCACCCAGGUCAUAAUGAAACCGUAUGCCAACUGGGAGGAGUACCUGACACCAGCACCCCUCUCCAUUGCUAUAAUGGGGGAACUGGUCAACAUUUCCUCUAAAACUGAUUUCUCCAUCAACAAAAACCCACCCAAAGGUGGCUUUGAGUACAUCAAGUACCCAGAGUCAUUCCGUGCUUGUCUCAUGCAAGUGUGCAACUCUGGCUGGUGGGCUUUCAAUGAAGCCCAUAAGAGCAUGGACCAGAUCCGCCUGCACACUUUGACUGUUCCAGAUUACAUGAAAAAUGCUGUGAAAAUUCUGUUUCAGAGAAGUGAUGCCGUCAUCCAGGCCCACCUGCCAGAUGAGUUGGAAAACAUCCAGGAAAUCUCAGAUGACUGUUUGAAGUUGGCCAAAGCAGCAGAAGACAGGUUUGCAAAAGUCAUUCUUUUGGUUCAAGAGCUCCUGGAGGCAUGUAUGAAUGCAGAACAUUGUUAUGAAGUAGAUCUGAAGAAAAUAAAAUCGGAACUGGAAGAGGCCAAAAUGAAGGAGCAAUCAUCAAAAGAAUUCAAGGAAAAAUGUGAGAAGGCAAUGAAGAGACUGGAAACAGAACUGGAAGAGGCUCAAAACAACUACAAGGAAGCGAUGGAUAGCCUUCCUAGUGGAUGGGGAAUAAUUGGCAUGGAUUUUGUUGGCGGUUUAGCAGGGAGUGUAACGGGUCUAUUGAAUGGCCUUACCUCCAUUGUUACCAGUCCUAUGCAACAAGCACGUAGGGCAGCAGAAAACCUUAAGGAUGCAUAUCAUUACAGGCGAGGUGAGGGUGAUUCAGCAGAUGAGAUUGAGGAAAUGGUUAUCUACUGCCGGUCUGGAGAACUUCUUGAUUGUGUAGACUGCAUUGGAAAAUACAUGGAAGAAAAUACCAUUGACUGGAAAAAGUUGUAUGACCAGCAAGACAAAAGAACUAAAACGGCCUUUGCUGAAGACCAGUUGAAAAGGAUUCAGAACACACUGAAAGCAUCCCCAGACUGCACACCAAAAUUGAAAGCUCUACUCAUAUGUGAAACUGGAAUCAACAUCUGCCUGCAGCUUGCAGAGCUUGCUCCUGAAGGUAAAUGCAGCACGGAGACAACGGCUGAGAUCAUCUCCAAGUGGCAAGAGCUCCGCACAUCAGCAUUGGCUUUUGACAGCAAAAGCAAGUGUGCCACAAAGUCCCCAUGUAUGACUCCAAAACCUCCAAUGAUGGACAACGUCACCAACUCUGCUUCAGGUGAACCAUCAGCAGGACAAAGGGCCACAGAGAAUGCUCGCUUCCGUAUUGAGCAGACCAGAGAGCAGCUGAAUAAAACAAGAGAGCAGUAUGAUAAGUGUGUGGAUAAAAUGGAGGGGAACGAGAAGGAGCUGACUAAUGUGUUGAUCACCAUGAGGAAAUGUGAGGUCAAGGAUAUUGACUUCAGCACCACCAUAGAAAUGCUGAUCAAAGGUAUGGAUGCUAUGGGAAAAGUGAAGGCACAGUGGGAAAAGAUGGUCCAAUUCUUCCAGAUGGUGUCCAGCAUUGUGAAAGUCCCCUUGUACAAAAGCCUCAACAAAUUUGUAACUCGCUCCAAGAACACACAGGAACUCCCUUACAAUGACCGACUGUUCUCAAAAGACGUGAUCUACAACCAGGCCUUCCAGGCAUCCAACAUCGCUGGUCUUGUGCACAUGAUCUCAGAGACCUACACUCAGGUAUCCAAUCAGUACCUAAUGGACAGAGUCAGCAGUCUUAGCAAACUCAUGGCCAUGGAUAAGGAGAAACCAGAGUUUGAAUUUGAACUUAAUCAACUACGACUUGGGUGUGAUAUGGCACAGAGAGGCAUUCUAGAUGUGGUCCGCAAGAACAAAAAAACCUUUGAGAGGAAUGCUGAUGCAAAAUUGAAGAGGAUUGAGGGGGAAUUGCUGGCCAUUCUACCAGCUUCAACACCAAAGGAAACCAGAGCCAUACAAGAGGCUGUCCAAACUGGAUUUGCUGAAGACACCAUGGCUGCCUAUUACUGAGAACCUCUUGUUGGAAACCCUGGGAGACUGCAAGAUACAGCAUCUCAACAGAUAUACAAAACAAUCAACAAAUCACAAAAAAACAAGUCAACUUAAGGCAGCCCAUUUUAGCCCAUUUAGAGGAGAGUGUAUAUUUGUGUCACAUAGCAGGCUAAACUUCUUUGUCAUCCUGAUUUUGUGUAACUGUGAUGUGUUCGGUCCAGGCCUGUAUCAUAACUAUAUUGUGUGGCGCAGUAAUAUCCUCACUCUUGCUCUUUCAGUUUCACUUUCGAGUGAGGAUAUUACUGCGCUUUGGAGUGAGAAUAUUACUGAGUCUAAGUGCUCCCAAUAUUAUUCCGCCACACAAUAUAGUUAUCCCUUUUACCUGCUUAGAAAUGCACCACGUUUUAUUUUGUCUCACCAUACUUGGUUGUGUGACUUUCACUUUCACUUACAUGUCCCUCAAGAUCGGGAGGGAGGAUUAUGCACUGCCUGCACCGUUACUCCAACUGGCUACUGUUAUGUGCAUGUGAAUAUUUAAAAAUAUUAAAUAUCAUCAACUGCUGACUUUGUUUUAGUUAGCUUACUGUAAAUGAUUGCUAUAAGUUGAAAUGAUUGCUUACUCUCAUGUUCGAUUUCUCAUAAUGAUUUUAGGAUUGUGUUCCUUCUCACUGACUUCAUGCUGUAUUUAGUCCAUCUACAGUAUUUACUUCUUGAGUUGACUGCAUUAGUCAUUCAUCAUAUUGUGUGCAUCCAAAAUUAAACAAUGAUUAAUUGAA